CUCCCUCCCUCCCUCCUCAGCGACUGCUCUGGGAAAUCAACACAAACUACGCGUGUGUGUGUUGCAGCAGCAGCAGCCACAGGAACUUUUGCUUGCAGGCUCGGAUCUCUCGUGCACCGUUCAUUUGGGAGUUUUGUGUGUGCUAAUUGGCGGCAGGCAGCUCGGCAGCUCGGCGGCGGCUUCCAUGUUGCUCACCUUGACCGUUCAAUUCACAACACACAAAACUUGUCAUGAAACCGGUGCUGUCUUUGUUCAACAAAGCGGUUGAGGGGCCUCACCGGACUGACAGCCAACCUGUCCUCCUCUCUCUCUUCCAAAGGAAGGAACAAAAGAGCGUAGAGAUGAACGCGAGGCGAUAAGGAGAAAAAGAGGAAGUUGACAAGUUGUGUUACACCAGCCCUUGUGUAUUAUCAGGACUGAGAUCUCAGGUGGAUGUUUUGAGCCAUGAGCACCUUGGGAUCUCCAGCAAGGCAAGCCAAUGGAGUGGCAAGAUCGGACAGCAAGAUCAGCGCCAAAGCACUCUUUGAGCAAAGGAAAAAAUACUCCAACUCCAAUUAUAUCAUGCAGGAGACGUCACAGUAUCAUGUUGAGCAUCUGUCCACAUUCAUCAUGGACAAGACCGAGUCCAUCGCCACUGUGGACGACGCCAUCAAGAAACUUGUACUCCUCGAUUCAAAAGACAAGAUUUGGACUCAAGAAAUGCUCCUGCAAGUCACUGAUAAGGCAGUCAGGCUGCUGGACUGUGACACCCAGGAGGAACUGGAGAACUUCCCCCUCUCCACAAUCCACCUGUCUCAGGCCGUUCUGAAUCAGACGCGCUACCCGUCCGUGCUGCUGCUGGUGUGCCAGGACAACGAGCAGCAUCGGCCAGACAUCCACUUCUUCCAGUGUGACCAGGUGGAGGCUGAAUUGGUUCACGCAGAUAUCGACAGCGCUCUUGGAGACAACAAAUGCGGGAAGAAAAUGAGGCUUCAGACUCUCAAAAUCAACCAGGAGAAAAUGAAGCACCGAAGAGAGACCAUACUUCCAAAGACGCCCGCCAAGGCCAGCGCCCCUGUUGCAAAGGGACGUGUUUCUGCCCCAAUCCCAGACAGACGAUCUUCUGGACACAGUGACCCAGAGUCACAUGAAAGGUUGACCCAGCGUAUCGAGAAGGAUGUGCAACUCCUCAACUGUGCCCUGGACGAUAUUGAGCUAUUUGUGGCGCGCUUGCAAAAGGCGAGGGAGGCCUUUUCCCAACUCAACCAGCGCAACAAGAGUAAGAAGAAUAAGAAGAAAGGACCAGCAGAGGGCGUGCUGACCCUGCGAGCCAAGCCCCCCUCUGAGGAAGACUUCAUCGAUAGCCUGCAGAAACUGAAGCUGGCCUUCAACCUCUUGGCCAAACUGAAGAAGCACAUCCAGAAUCCAAGCGCAUCCGAGUUAGUUCAUUUCCUCUUCGGCCCUUUGGAGCUGGUGCUGCAGAGUUGCGGCAGUCCCGAGUUGGUUCGUUCCAUUCUCUCCCCUCACCUCUCCAAAGACGCCGUGGACUUCCUCCGAGGGCACCUCACCCCCAAAGAGACCACCAUAUUUGAGCUUCUAGGAGAGGCUUGGACCAAACCCAGAGCGGAGUGGCCGAGGGAUCGGUGCGCUCCUCCCUACUAUCCCAAGUUCCGGAAUGGCUGGGAGCCUCCGGCGGAACUCUUUAGGACGGCCCCAUGGGAAACGGAGUAUUCCGGUGGGCCUCUGGGUUCCCCCGUUUCCUUGGUUUCCCCCACGAGCCCCGAUUACAGAAAACACUCAUCUGAUGAUUUCUACGGAAGCCAUUCCUCCAACUCAUCCAAUGGGUCCUACAACGGGAUGCCCAACGCUCGCAAAUAUGCCAAAAUCCGCUACCCCUUUGUAGCGCGGAAUGCCAACGAGUUGUCAGUGCUGACGGACGAAAUCCUCCAGGUGGAAUUAUUUCUCUCUAUUUCUUCAGCAGUAUUUUCAAUUGAUUUGGCGUCUCAGGUGCUGGAGGACGACAAGCAGUGGUGGAAACUAAGGAAUCGGAGCGGCCAAGCAGGUUACGUCCCCUACAACAUCUUGGAUGUUGUCCAGCUGGACGAGCCUGAGGCUUUUUACAACCAGCAAGGCUACGGUAAAACCUCGCCCGGUUCCCUGAGCCCAGGAGACAGUUUCAGCAAAGGCCGACACAAAGACAAAAUGAUGGACGAAGUCAACAGUGAGCUACUGAUGAUGAUCACGGCUAAAAAAAGCCAGCCGCCCGCCCGGAAAUUCCGCAUCGAGCGACCGGCAGGCGCUCAAGUGGCGCUCACGUACAGCUCCAGCCCGGAGCAGGUCAAGUCUUGGCUUGCUGCCAAGGGCUUCUCCAAAGCGACAGUGGACUAUUUAGGCAUCCUGACUGGAGCUCAGUUGUUUUCUCUCAACAAGGACGAGUUGAAGUCCGUGUGCGGGGACGAAGGCGCUCGCGUCGCAUCGCAGAUUACCGUGCAGAAGACGCAAAUAGAGAAAUUGUGCGGAGACAGCGAGCUUCAGGAGGUCAUGAAGCGCAGACAGGAGCGAAUCGACUCGGGGAGCACAGAGUGAAGACGCGCGCCCCAUCCCUCUUCGUUUCGUGCGAGACCACGUUAUUGUUGAAUAUUUAUUUUUCUCCCAUUUUGUACGUGCGCAAGCUCAUUUGCAACCUGUGCGGAUCAGCAAAUGUACACAACAUGUAUGUAAAAUACACAACAUGCUUGGAAAGGCCAUGUGGGGCACGUUGAUGCUUAAUGGCAAUAGCGAUCGCUGAAUUAAACGGUUGUGUAAUUUGUGCCAGGAAGUUCGGACACGUUUUUCUCAUGGUGUAUGUAUAGCCAAUGAAUUUGCAUAUUGCUGUUUACAGAAUGAAUCAGGAGAUAGAAAAAGCAUUACAGGUUCCUAUUCUAAUUUUGAAUCGUCACCAUAAUCCCGCACGGAGUCUGUAAAUGAUCGUCAAAUGCCGUCAUUCCUUUGUGUUGUCUGCACGGGUGUAUUUUCAACUGUUGUGCUUCGAUUAAGUCAAUAAUCAAAAGGAUUGUAAAUAUGAUGGCGAAGCAGUGCAAGACGAGCUGAUUAAAAGCUGGCAAGUAUUUGAUGUUAAACAAUCUUGUCAUUCAUUUUGUUUUGGGCGGACGUGGAAAUCAUCACACAAAAGGGGUUCAAUAUUGCACGACAUCACUGUAGUUUGACAACAAUAUUGUAAUUUUGGGCUGGGAAGGAGUUCAAAUUUGCCACACCCCCCCCGAGGAAGACAGAGAAAGAGUCAGUCGAUGUCCAGGGCUGACCGUUUUAAAUUCGGAGGGGGGCACAAAUUCUCAAGGGUUGACAUUUUUAUCGAGUUUCUGUUACAAUUUUUGACCCACCACCUGUCACUUUGCUUGGGACAAAGGGAAAGGUGAAAUUCGGUCUCAAUCAUUCAUUCGAAUCAAUUCCCUCAAAUCACAAAACGCGCGUAUCUUUUUCUUAAAUGAACACUUUUUACAUUGCUGUAGUGUCAGCAUUUAAUUAUAAUGCAAAUUAAUACAUGCAGAAAUAUUAAGUUGCUUUGAAAAUACCUGAAUAAUAAAAAUGGAUGUAUGAUGAUCACAAUCUACUUUGUAAUAUAUACUCCUUGUAUAAUGGAAUGCUCCCCAAAAAGUGGAGCUCCUUUGCAUCGAGGUUUAUGCAAAGAGCUCACGUCAUUAAUUAUAUCGCUGCUUUUUGGUGAAGUUGAUGAGUGUUCCGUCUGUACGAUUGGUCUUUGAACGCACCUCGCGUCAACAGCAGAACGCGAAUGAACUUAAAGAAAUAAAAUGAAAGAAACCCUUUCUAAAAAUGAAAAUUGA